GGCCAGCCGCUGUUGCUGCUGCUGAUUUUGUUGCGGCUGCUGCUGCUGGCAAUACAAGUGUCGCCCCCUCUCUGAGCACCCUGCUCCCAGCUCCAUAAACGUCUAACGUCGCGUCAAGCAGCACUCCAUGGCGAACAACAACUACAACAACAACCACCAUCGUCGGCGACGACGACAACAACUCUAACAAGCAGCAACUGCGGCGGCCGGCAAUUUUCAAAUUUACCGCCAAACGUGCCAGCGACGUCGACGUCGCCGUUGGCUGUGCUGUACUCACUCACGAGCAGAAAGCGCAUUUUAUAUGGGAUGCGUCAAGAAACCCACUCGAGCUGUGAAUUUAUAAUUUCAGCUUGAUCGUAGCGCAAUUAUUGAGAUGCCAAAUUGACGAGGACACUAAACUCUACCGAUUCCCAGCAAUUUGUGCGGCAUUCAAAUAAAGAUUAACACGUAAUGGAUGAAAAUCAAUAAAAUAUAAUCGUUCGAACGGAUACUGAAAUUCACGUGCGCAUUAAUCUUAUUACAACCAAACAACCUACAAUAUAACGGACCAAACGCUCGUUAUAUAAUUGUACAAAAAUAAUAAACAACAAAGUUCAAAAAACAACAACAAACAAACAAAAACAAAAUGUCUGCAGCCACAGAACAACAGAACAACGGUGAUGUUGCCGUCGAGAAGGUUGCCGCAGUCAGCGCCGACAGCGAUGCGAAGGAGGAUCUCAAAGCCAAAGCCAAAUCAGUUGCCGAUGAUAAAUCGACGGCCGCUGAUGCCGCUGGCGAUGCGGCCGAUAACGGUACUGCGGCCAAGGAUGGCGAGGAUGCUGCCGAUGCGGCAGAUGCUGCUGCUCCCGCCGCUCCCGCAAAGGGUUCCGUCAAAGGCGCAAAGAGGCAAGCUGAAGCUAAAUCCGCCGAAUCAAAGAAAGCCAAGAAAGAUAAACCCGCUGAUGGCGAUUCAGAUGACGAGGAGGUAUUAGAUGAUCUCAUCGAGGGUGACAGCGAAAUCGAGAGCGACGAAUACGAUGUACCCUACGAUGGCGAGGAGGAUGACAUUGAAUGUGACGAUGAUGACGAUGACAAUGAUGAUGGUUCCGGCUCGGACGAUCAAGCGUAAUAAUAAUGUAGUCAAAACAAACAAACAAAAAAAUAAAACAAACAAAAAAAAUACAAAACAAAAAUUUAAAUUAAUAAUAAAUAAAAAGUUACAAGCAAAAAAACAAAAACCGGAGAAAAGAAACCACACAAAAAAAUCGCAAAAGUAUAUAAUUCUUAUGUUUAAGAAAUAAUUUUCUAUUUCUUAUUUUAAUUUAAAUUGUAUUUUACGUGUACUUUUUU